AAUUACUACAUGACAUCAGUUGUUCCUUUUGAUCAAGAGGCACAUUAACUUAAUGCAUCCAGUUAGCCUAAUGAGACUAUGGUUGAAGACUAUGAUGAAUUUCGAAGACCCCCCAUUUUGGAGAUAUGUCUUAAACAUUAGGUAAGUGAAAUUUAUGAAUUUAGUCUGCCACAUAAUUUGCCAUAGCAGAUGCUAAAGUUGAUUUAAAUAAAAACAACUUAUGUCCUUGUUGUGGUUAACCCAUCAUUCUUACUUAAUUACCAUUGACAGCAUCUAUCCUGGAUUUCAGUUUCAACGGACCUGGAGUAUCUCUAUACUUUGAUUUCUUGAUGUUUAGUGCCGUAUUGAUUUCAACGUUUAUGUAAAGAUUAUAAGAAAGUUAUUAGAAUAAUUUGUGGAAUAUAUGAUUUGAUAGCAAGUAGUUUGGGGGACACAUGCCAUAAGUUGAAUACAAUGGGAGAAUUAGAAUGUGUUGACAAUUUUUAUAGCAAAUUUGCAAAAGCAAAUCAAGAUAAUUAACAUCCAGACAUAGCUGGGAGUGUCUUAAACUUUAUCACAACAUUAAUCUUAAUAAUACUGUUGUUUUUAUAUAGAAAAAGAAUUAAUCUUUUGGCAAACAAAAUUGAUGAAAAAAGUAUAUUGGCAUCAGAUUAUUCUAUAAUUAUUGAGAAUAUCCCUAGAGAUGCAAAGGAAGAAGAGAUUAGGCAAUUCUUUAGUAAGAUCAAUAAUGUUGAUUACAAAAUACAAAAGAUUUGUAUGGGAUAUUAGAUCUAAGAGUAUUUGAGAAUUCUGAAAUAAAAGCAAGAGUAAGAGAAGACAUUUACUAAGAUUUUAGAAUGUGAGAGAUUGGGUAAGCCAAUUCCUCCUCGAUUACCAAAUAAACUUGAUCUAACUAAAACAUUAGAUUAGUUAGCAAUUCAAUUGGAUUAAUAUGAGGAUAAUUUUUAAAAUUCCUUCUAAUUUAGUGGUGUUGCCAUCAUAUCAUACAACACAGAGGAUGAAGCUAAUGCAGUUUGCAAGUUUUUCAAAGCCACCAGAUUGCAUCUUAUCCUAUCCUAAGUUAUGAGAGUAAUAGGAAAGAAAGAUAUCAGAAGAUUUAGAGAUAAUGUUAUCGUCGUAUCGAAAGCACCUGAACCAGGAGAUAUCUUAUGGGGGAACUUGGGAGUCACUCUGUUAGAAUAAUACAAAAGAAAAUUGAUAACAAAUUUGGCAACAAUAUUUUUGUUGGGAAUUUGCUUUGGGAUUUUAUUUGGAUUAUCUUAUGGCUAAUUCUCAUUGACUGAUACUGGAAAAGGCGAAUAAUUGAGUUAAGCAGAACUUAUUGCUAUUACAAUUUUGGGAGUGGUUGCUUCAGUUCUGAUUUCUAUUAUAAAUAAUAUUUUGGCAAUUAUUAUUAGAAAAUUUGCAGAAUUAGAAGCUCCAACAACCAAGACAGAAUACGAUAUUAGUGCUGCGAAGAAAUUGGGAUUUGCUCAGUUUCUUAACACUGCCAUAAUAACUUUAAUUGUUAAUUUGGUAAUUGUAAAAGAAGGAGAAAAAUCCUAUUAUGCUGUGAUUAAACAGGGAGGUUUAAACUAGGAUGUCAUGUUGAUUUUUAUUACAAAUGGAAUCAUGCCAUGGUUAAUGACCUUGUUGGAUCCAUUUUAUUUGUACAGGUUAUUUAUGAGAUAUCAAAUUCAAUUAUAAGGUUAAGCAUGCAAUGUUAAUUAAUAAGAAGCAAAUGAGUAUAUUGUAUUUACAACUUAGGUAUUUUGCUGGUCCUAUGAUUGAUUUGUCGAAAAAGUAUGCCUAAUUGGGAAAGACCUUGUUAUUUACCUUCUUUUAUGCGUAUCUACUACCCCUUGGGCCUGUCCUUUCACUGGGUUCAUUAUUGGUGAUAUAUUGGGUGGAGAAAAUACUAUUACUGAGGAGAGAUUCCAAGCCAGCACCAACAGGGAGUGAGAUGGCAGAAGAGAUGAUAGACUUCUUUGGAGAAUUCACAUUGUUACUAUAUGCGGUAUUGAAUUAAUUAAUAAUAUUAGAUUGGCUGCCUGGUUUGGGAAUCAAUUUUAAAUGAUGCCAUAUUUCCUUUGACAUGGGUUCAAUUUGCAAUAGCUGUGUUGAAUUUCUUGGUGCCAAUAGAUACCAUAUUUGAUAUAUUUUGGAAGACAGAGGAUAUUUCGACUCAAGAGUUCUACGAGACUCAAUGCUUUAAGUUUUGGGAUGAUUAUGAUAGGAGAAAUCCUAUUACUGCUGAAAAAGCCAUUGAAACCUUUUUGAAAAACACUACAGCAUUGCCUCAGUAACAAGUGGACGGAAGAGGGAAUAUUGUGAUAAAGAAUCAGGAGUUAAAAAAAUAGGACAAAAACAAAAGGGCUAAGAACAAACACAAUAAGGAGGAUUGA